AGCCCCGGGAUCACAUACCCCUCUAUGCGGACGUUCAACAUCGGAAGUGUCGUGAAAUGUUUUACGAAAGUGUUAUUUGACGCGAGUUUUCAUCACUUCUUGUGACAUUCAGCAUUUCUCUCGGCCACUUCACGAAACAAUGCUCAUAUUUGGAACUUUUGACUGAUAAUCGUAUUUCAUUUUGACUGUGCAUCUCUGUUUUGACGAGCCGUGCGCCGUUGUAAGCAACCCACAACCCAGUAAGACUCGACUCGUCCGCGCAACCGCCGACAUACCAAGACACCCGCCCGCAUAGGAUGGUAGAAACUGACCCCGGGCCCAAGAAAUCUCACAAUUGUGAUGUAAAAAGGGACCUCCAACUAAACGGCCCAGGUUCCAAAACCGCCGAGCUUGGCGUCGUACCGUCACUGAAGACAGCAGUCAAGCUCGACCCCGAGAAAGGCUCCAACUCGGAGAAGGCUGACUUCGAACGGGCUAUCGAAUUAACCGGAUAUGGACGGUUCCACUACCUCCUGCUGGCGGUGUGCGGCCUGGUCAGCACCUCCGAGGAGAUGGACGUCAUCUCCAUGUCCUUCAUCCUCCCUUCGGCACAGUGCGACCUAGACCUCACCACGCAGACUAAAGGAUGGCUAAACAGUAUAAUCUUCAUCGGGAUGAUGGUGGGAGCGUACGCAUGGGGGUCGGUCGCGGACUCGCUGGGUCGCAAGCGCGUCCUGAUCGCGAUCUCCGUCGUGAACGCGCUCGCCAUCGUCGCCUCCUCCUUCAGUCAGAACUACGAGCUCUUCAUGCUGUUCCGCUUCAUCAAUGGUGCCGCUUUAGGAGGAUCAGGUCCCGUGAUCUGGUCAUACUUCGCGGAGUUCCAGCCGAAGAACAAGCGAGGAGCUAUGUUGAGCUUCAUGGCAGCUUUCUGGACGCUCGGCAACCUGUUCGUCGCUGGUUUGGCGUGGGUCAUCAUCCCUAGCGAAAUCGGAGGAGUAACGAAUGGCUUCGUAUACAACUCAUGGCGUAUCUUCCUACUGGUAAUGUCACUACCCUCGUUCUUGGUAGCCGCAUUACUGUUCCUGCUGCCCGAGUCUCCCAAGUUCUUGAUAUCAACCGGUCGUCAUGACGAAGCCUUGGAAGUAUUCAAAGGCAUCUACAUGAUGAACACUGGCCGCAGCAAGGAGGAGUACCCAGUCAAACAGUUGCUGAUCGAAGAGUGCUACCACACUAAGCCGGAGAAACAAAUCGAAGUUAAGGAACCAAAAUCUAAGAUAAGGAAAAUGUUCAGCGACAUUGUGGAACACAGCAAACAGCUAUUUGUGCCGCCUAUACUCAAGUUUACUACGAUCUCUAUCACAAUCAACUUCACAUUCCAUAUUGGGUACUACGGCCUCAUGAUGUGGUUCCCCGAGAUGUUCAACCGUUUCGACGAGUGGUCCCGUACGCACGACAACGCUGAGGCCGACAUUUGCAUGGUGACGAACUACGUGACACAGUACGGCACGCACUCGACAGCGGCGCAGUGCGACUCCCAUAUACACUCCGAUGUGUUCAUGGAGUCGCUCAUCACUGUGGCUGCUGCCAUACCAUCUAAUAUAUUUGCGGUACUCGGCAUGGACAGACUCGGAAGGAAGUUUUUCCUUGUGUUCGCAACAUUCUCCGCUGGCUUAUGUUCAGCAGCUAUGUACUUCGUGUACAAUAAGACUAACAACUUAAUCGUAAGCGCCAUCUUCAGUUCGGUGAUAUCCUGCGGUAACGCCUCACUCGACUGCCUCAUCACAGAAGUCUUCCCUACCAACUUACGUGCUACUGGUGUAGCGGUAUCGAUGGUGGCGGCUCGGCUGGGCGGCAUCAUCGGCAACGUGGUGAUCGCGGCGUUGCUGGACACCUACUGCCCCGCGCCCACCUUCAUCGUCGCCGUGCUGCUCGCCAGCGGCGGUCUCAUGUGCCUCUUCCUGCCCAACACCACGCGGCAGGCCCUCUCCUAACACCGCCAUCUUUUUCUUGCCGCAUAAACGUCAAUUUCAAAGACUAACGGCAUUUUAUAAGAUUUUUUUUUGGCCUGCCAUGUGAUGUAUAAAACAUUAUUUUAAGAUUUUAAGCGUUAAAUCUCAUCGAAAGAUCCAUUGAUGUAACUAGUUUUUUUACAUAUUUGUACAAUAGUUUUUAUAUUAAUUUAAAUGAAAAUGUUUUAUUUAUGAACUAAAUGAAAGUACGAACGAUACAUAUUCCUAGUAAAUAAAGUAAUUGACUGUUGUAGGUUGUUAUAACUUAUUACGUUUAUACAUUUGUUUGAAAUUGUAAACCAGAAUAAAGCUUUGCGUCAGAUCUUUUAAUGGAUAAAGUAUUAUAGGAUAAGUAUCAUUUCAUUACCAUGUUGUAUAUUAUUGCAACUAUUUUAAUAUUACGAAUUUAUAAUAUCAUUGUUAUCGUAGUUUGUAGUUGAGUAGUACGUAGUAAAAUUAUAAAAACACGAGUUGUGAUAUAAUAAAGUUUGUAUCAAAUCUUUGCAUUGUAUAUAAGUGCAUUUUUCAAAACCAUGGAACACCUUAUUAAUUACAAUGCAAUAUAUUUUCCUAAAUUCAUUUCA